AUGUCCAAGAAGACCUCACGCUGCCCUGUAGAGGAUCAGUCGGAGCCCGAUCGGCCUCCCAGCCUUUGCCAGGUGGAUCAGUCCCCAAAGACGGCGGCGGGCGGGAGGACAAAAGCCGAGGCCGGGCAGGGAAACGGGGAGCCGGCGUCCUCGUCCCCAGAGAGCGGCAGCCUGAACGGGGACGGAAAGCGCGGCGGCAAAAGCCGGCGCCGCAGGAAACGCUCCUCGAACCCGGAGAGCCGCCCGGAGGGCAAAGCCCCCGACGCGAAGGAGGGAGAGAGAGCAGCCAACCAGGCGAGCCGGCCGGCCGAGCGGCGCGCGGCGCUGCAGGCGCUGCAGUCGGAGCGGGCCAGCGUGUGGCUGGAGCGCGGCCUCUACGAGCGGGCCGAGAGCCUCUACCAGUGCUGGCUGGCCAGCUCCUCCAAGAGGCCGGCCCCGUCCGUGCGCCCGCCCCAGGCCUCGGGCAAGCCCCCCCCACCCAGGGCCGCCCCACCUCAGGCCGGACCGGCGUGCCACCACGGCGAGCAGGUGGCCUGCCACCACGUGGUGCAGGCCGUGUGGGUCAACAAGGCCGCCUUCGACCAGGCCGAGCGCCGCUUUGUGCAGGAGUCCACGCAGCACGCCGUCCCCAACUCCCUAGACCUCCCCCCGGCGCCGAGCCGCUCCGCCCCCUCCAGGACGCCGGAUGAAGGAUAUCAGUCCCUGGCCCCGACUCCCGCAACGCCCGUCGUCCAACCAGCAGCGGCGGCGGGGGGGCAGUCGGUGAACGGGCUGCCCUGCAUCCCCGCCGAGCUGCUGAGAGACGUGUGGCUGGACAAACCGCUGUACGACCGCGCCGAAGCCGCCUUCUACCAGAACCAGUACGCCAACAACUCCGCCAAGAGAGCCGGCGCCACCUCCAGAAGUAGCGAGCACCCUCAAAGCCUGGUGGAAGAAGAGGAGGAGGAGGAAGAUGAGGGGGCGGUGGCGGAGGGAAAGCAGCCGGUGGUUCCCCAGGGCAAAGCGGAGGUUUUCCACGCCCUCCACCCAAUCCAGGAGGAGGAGGAGCCAGCUGAGGUCCCAGAGGAGGAGGCCGCGGGGGUCUGUCACCUCCUCCACCCGGACAGCGAGCGGGUGUGGCUGGACAGGUGGCGGUACGAUGCCGCCGAGAGCCGCUUCUAUGGCUGCCGCCUGGAAAAAGCCAGUGCAGCCAGGAGGGACGGGAGGCCCGAAGCAGAGGCACCGCCUGCUGCCUCCAAGGCCCCACUGAGGGACAAAAAAAUGAGUGCAGUGGACUUUCUGGCCCAGGAGAAGAUCUGGUUUGACAAACCGCGCUAUGAUGAGGCAGAGAAACGCUUCUAUGAGCGCACCAACGGCUCGUCACCAACCUCUCAGGAUGUCGGAUCCAACUCCAUUCUGCAAGACAUUGCUCGGGCUCGGGAAAACAUCCAGAAAUCUUUAGCAGGGCUGAAGACCACACUGUGUAACAGAGGGUCAGCUCAACCUGUCCUGAGCCAACAGUCUGGGCUUAGCGCCGGCGGCAACAGCGCAGCUGAUCAGGGAGAACUCAUGUGUCGCAUCAACAGCCUGGAGCUGGAGAACCAAAGUUUAUACAAAGUGGUGGACAGCUUGCGGGCGGCGCUCUCCAAACUGGAGUGUCGGGUGGCUGUCCUGGAGAAAAGUCCAGCAGCUGUGACUCAGGCUCCUGCCCGCACAGUCCCCUACACAAACGGCACCCCUGUCCAGCAGAAGCCCUGCGCUCCGGUCAAAGAGGAUGAAGAUGACGAUGAUGAUGACAUUGACCUGUUCGGUAGUGAUGACGACGAAGAGGCAGAGAAAUUGAAAGAGCAGAGAUUAAAAGACUACGCAGAGAGGAAGGCCAAGAAGCCCGCCAUCAUCGCAAAGUCCUCCAUCUUACUAGACGUCAAACCGUGGGACGAUGAGACGGACAUGGCGAAGCUGGAGGAGUGCGUGCGCUCGGUGCAGGCCGACGGCCUGCUGUGGGGAAUGUCCAAGCUGGUGCCCGUGGGCUACGGCAUCAAGAAGCUCCAGAUCGCAUGUGUGGUGGAGGACGACAAGGUGGGAACAGACCUGCUGGAGGAGGAGAUCACCAAGUUCGAAGACUACGUCCAGAGUGUCGAUGUGGCAGCUUUCAACAAGAUCUGAUCCCAGAGCACCUCUUCCUAUGUUCGUGUCGGGCCCCGUUUCUCUGCUGAUUGUGUCAACGGUUAAAAAUAAAUAAAUCCAACUUGCACUGAAACAGCUGUCUUAUUAACUUUGUGAUAUGUGGGUUGAAGGGAAAUAAAAAUGUCCAGCCAUGCAAACUGUAAAAGGAGGUAGGAACACAGGAUUGUAGAUCCUGCUAGUUGCUGUGAUAAUGAUCCCAGCAUGA